UAAUGAUGAAUGUUUGUCAUACUGGAUUGGAGGCAAGUCCUAUUUGUACCCACCUUGCCAUUCUAGUAUAGCCUGCUGUUCACCAUCUCAUCUCUGAAGAGGCCUAACAUCGCUUACUCAGCAAGGGCACACUUUGCAGCUGAUCGAGUUUUCAAGAGUACCUGCAAACUUAACAGCAAGACAUGACAAGUUUCCAGAGUAUUUGUAAGUUAUCCCCUAACUGAAACUACCAGCCACUGCACAGAAAAGAGAGCCGACAAAGCAUAAUCAGACUACAGUAAUCCCACUGUGAGAGCAACACACGCUAUUGUUCCAAACGUCGGGAGCCAAGGACGACCACCGAGUGACUAGCUUACAGACAUACUGUCUCUUUGACCAGCCAGGGCUUAACAUAAAUGGCUGACAAGCAAAUCAGUUUGCCUGCCAAAUUGAUCAAUGGGGGGAUCGCUGGCCUGAUUGGAGUGACCUGUGUGUUUCCCAUUGACCUGGCCAAGACUCGCUUGCAGAACCAGCAAAAUGGAGCUCGCCUUUACACCAGCAUGUCAGAUUGCCUUAUUAAGACCAUCCGGUCAGAGGGGUAUUUUGGGAUGUACAGAGGAGCGGCGGUGAACUUAACACUAGUCACACCAGAGAAAGCCAUCAAGUUGGCCGCUAACGACUUCUUCAGGCAGCACCUCUCCAAGGAUGGAAAACUCACUCUGGUCAAAGAGAUGCUGGCUGGAUGCGGGGCAGGAACAUGCCAGGUUAUCGUCACGACUCCUAUGGAGAUGUUGAAAAUCCAGCUCCAAGAUGCUGGACGCGUUGCGGCUCAGAGGAAGCUGAUGCCAGAGACGGUGGCAGCAGGUACUGUGGAGACCAAGUCCCCAACAGCCAUGCAGCUAACCAGAGAACUACUGAAGGAGAAGGGCAUUGCCGGGCUGUAUAAAGGCCUUGGAGCCACCUUGCUCAGGGAUGUUCCUUUCUCCAUCAUCUAUUUCCCCCUCUUCGCCAACCUGAAUAACCUGGGCAAAAGAGGCUCUGAAGGACCUGCACCUUUCUAUGUGUCCUUCAUAUCAGGCUGCGCUGCCGGAAGCACAGCGGCUGUUGCCGUCAACCCUGUUGAUGUGAUAAAGACCAGACUGCAGUCUCUGAACCGAGGAAGCACAGAAGACACGUAUAGUGGAGUGACUGACUGUAUCAGGAAAAUCUUGCGUAAUGAGGGUCCAUCAGCCUUCCUGAAGGGAGCCUACUGUCGAGCCUUGGUCAUCGCACCGCUGUUUGGCAUCGCCCAGGUGAUCUACUUCCUGGGUGUGGGUGAAUUUAUCCUCAGCUUCAUGCCUAACAAAGACAAAUAAAAGGCAACCUCCUCUCUGCCUUUCCCUCCCAUAACGCAUCACAAACAACUGCGCGAAGGUUCAUCUCAUUGUGAAAAAAGUGGAAGGGUCGAAGCACGACUCAUUCAGUACAUUUCAUUUUAAAUUUGUUGUGUUGAAUGUUGAAACAGUUUAGGACAGAGCCUUUCUUUUUUUUGUUGUUGCCAAGCUGCCUAUGGUGGCACUACAACUUCCAGUAGGCACGCUCAGCUAGCACUCUGGAAAUGAAGCCACAAAUAU